AUGACACCAGGGCUUUUGGGCUUUUUCUUUCUAUUCAUCUCCAAGACAUGUGCAAAUCUAUGUUCAAUCUGGUCAUAUCUAUCUAUCUAUCUAUCUAUCUAUCUAUCUAUCUAUCUGUGUAAUAUAUCUGUCUGCCUGUCUCAGUCUGGUCAUAUCUAUCUAUCUAUCUAUCUAUCUAUCUAUCUAUCUAUCUAUAUCUCAGUCUUUGGAAAACAACAAAAAACGAUAAAUGAUCACUUAACUUAUUCCUACUUGGAAUUUCUAUCUAUCUAUCCUAUCUAUCUAUCUAUCUAUCUAUCUAUCCCUUCAAAUAUGCUUUUAUGUAUCUAUCUAUUUCAUUCUUUUCAUUAUGUAUCCUUUAUAUAUCUAAGUUUGUGCAUUAUCUAUCUAUCUAUCUAUCUAUCUAUCUAUAUAUAUCUAUCUAUCUAUCUAUCUAUUUAUGCCUGUUCUCUCUCUCUCUAA